GACGAUUACGGGAGAGACAUUAGUGGGUCCCUCUCUGUUUGCACACACCAUCUUUCUUCCCUUUCCGAGCCUUCCCCUCUCUUCGCUUUUUUCCUUGUUCCUCCCUUUACGGCUUUCUGCUCUCCAAUGGCGUCGUCGAGAGAGGGGCACUACAGGGGAGUCCGGAAGAGGCCGUGGGGGAGAUAUGCGGCGGAGAUACGUGACCCCUGGAAGAAGACGAGGGUUUGGUUGGGCACAUUUGACACACCAGAAGAAGCUGCACUCGCUUACGACGGUGCCGCCAGGUCUCUCCGUGGAGCCAAAGCCAAGACCAACUUCCCCGCUCAACCCGCCGCCACCGGACUAUCCCUCGACCUCAACCUUCCUUCCGAUAACCAUCACCAUCAUCGGUGGGGUCCCGCUCCCUCUCAUCAACAUCAACGUCACGCCCUCGGCGAGUUUCUGCAGUCCGACGUUCUAAAGGAGAUCAACUUCGACGGCAACUCCUCGUCCCACAAUGGAAAUGUCGUUACGGUUGCUAGUGGUCCUCCUGUGCCUGAAAAAGGAUCGUCAGCAUCGCUUUACGGGGAUGUACAACGAGGGUUUCCCAUAGAUUUGAAUGAGCCUCCUCCGUUGUGGCUGUGAGAGAGAAGAUCUGUGACUUGACUUAACGAGAGUCUUUAGGCAUUUUCCGGCGUCGUUUCCCCUUUAUGUUAACUUCCCUUUGUUCCCUCAUACCGUCGGUAUCUUCUACUGUUUUCUUCUUAAAGAGGGAUAAAAAAUAUAUAUCUGAAGAACAUUGAAAAAGUGAAGAACCUUUGUGUACAUACAUGUUUUGUUUUUUCGUUUCUACCAUGAAACAUUGUCCUUCCUUUCUUUUCUCUUCUUUUUUUUGUCUAUUUACUUAAUGCAUAUUGUUAAUUUUCUGUUAUUAUCUAAACGAUAAAAUAGAAAUCUUUUU